CGUACUCUCGUUAGGUACAAGCGGCACCAGCAAGACUAACUCCGGUGGGGCCGGCCGUCGUUCUUUCCGAUUCACAAGCGGCUUUCAGUCAUCAGUGUGGCCCGAACCGUAGUCGUGACAGGAUAUCAUCGUGCCGCAGUCCUCGUCUUGGUCUACGGAUGCGAACGUCGGGCUCACCCCUCGUUCGAACCGCUGCUCUCUGCAACAAUAUCUACGACGCGGGCGCAGUUCUUUGCCUUUUACUGAGAUCCAACGUCGCCUGUGGAUCCUGAUAAAGUCAACUUCGAUCCGACUGGCACGUAAAAUCAAGGCUGCGAAUACACCCCUGAUAGAAAAGAGAAAUCUCAGGGCGUUCGGAGUUAUGAGAACGAGCUGAAGCGACGCCGGCGAUCGGGGCGAAAGAAGUUUCCUCAAAUUAAACUUGCGCUACUUGUUGGAUUUGUCGUUUUUAUAUACGGAUCGAUCUGUGCCGUGAUAAAAAUGUCCUUCCUCCGAUCAACCGGCGAUAUUAUCGGCUUUCUGCUCCUCUCCCUGAUAGCCAUCGUCGAGGGAAUAAUCAAACUGUUCACACCGUUGAAAUACCGGAUGAAAAGUGUUUCCGGUGAAGUAGCCCUCGUCACAGGGGGUGGAAGCGGCUUGGGGAGGCUUCUUUCCCUACGGCUGGCCAAACUUGGAGCCGUCGUCGUUGUCUGGGACAUCAACAAGGCCGGAAUCGAGGAGACUGUAAAACUGGUGCAAGCAGCCGGGGGUUUAUGCUUCGGAUAUGUUUGCGAUCUGUGCGACCGUGAAGAUGUUUAUGAGAAGGCUGCCGUCCUUCGAAAAGAAGUAGGAAAGGUCACAAUUCUCGUGAACAACGCUGGCAUCGUGUCAGGAAAGAAGUUUUUGGACACCCCUGAUCACCUGAUAAUUCGCACGAUGGACGUUAACAUUAUGAGCCAUUUCUGGACUGUGAAAGCAUUCCUCCCGGAAAUGAUGGCAAGCGACAAAGGCCACAUCGUUAGCAUCGCUAGUUUGGCUGGUUACGUGGGCAUUCCAAAACUGGUCGACUACUGUGCUUCCAAAUUCGCAGCCGUUGGAUUCGACGAGGCUCUCAGGAUGGAGUUGGAGGCCGAAGGUUACAACAUUCAGACCACGGUCAUAUGUCCCUACUUUAUUCGCAGCACGGGCAUGUUCGAGGAUGUACAAUCCAGGUUUGUCCCGACUUUGAAUUCCAAUGAGGUUGCUGAUAGAGUUAUCACGGCGAUGCGAUGUAACGAGAAGUACGCGAUUGUACCUGGCUAUCUCCAAGUCAUGCUCGCUUUCAAAUGGAUGUUCCCGUGGACUUGUGCCGCGAUGUUCUUGCGAGGUCUGGUCCGGGACGCGUCCCCGGGUCACGAGGUUCCCGCACCUUCCAAAAAGGAACCCGCGGUCACGAGCAUCUCUUCCAAGGACCAAAACGGCGCGACGCUUCAUCAUCAAAUUGCAAGGCGCGUCUCGAGCUCAGAGAGGAAACCGUAAAGGUGCUCACUCGUUUGACAUCCUCGCCGCUUUUGCGGCUUCUCGUAUCUACGUACACACGGUCAUUUACUCGUUGUUGAAAACCGAGUGCGACUGACGCAGCCAUUUCAGCAUGAGUAUCCCGCUCAGCGACGAAUAAAUGAUGAUAUAUAUACAUAGAUAUUAAACGAAUAGUCUCGCAUAUUAAACUUAUCACUCCAUCAACGGACGAGUUAUUAAAAUAUUAUGCAAAAUGUGGACAAGAUGAUGAUAGCGACGUUGGAACUGUUAUUACUAACGUAAGAGAUCAAGAAACUCGCUGCACCGGCGAAAAUUAUAUAGUAUGCGGGGAAAAAUUGACAUUCGAAAUAAUCAGGAAAUUAUCCUGCAUUCCGAAAAAUUCGCCUUUCUUUCGGCAACCUGAUUCUGCGAGGAUACAUGAGGAGAACCAUUGUAACACACAACUUUGAUGAACGAAAAUGGAAACGAAUGCAUGAUUCUUGACGCGUUAAAGUCACUUUAAAAUAUCAAUAUUCGUUGCAGUCCACUCCAACGAGCGAAUAUAAAUUUUUAUCACAUGUGUGCAUGUCGUUUAAUCUGUGAACGGACAUUUUCAGACAAAUGUUUUUCGUCGUCGCAGACGUGCAUGUGUGUUACGCGCUCACGAAUUUAUGAUCGUGUUCGAUUUCCAUGUGUAAGAAAAACAGUUAAUUAAAGAAGGCGUCGCUUAAUCGGUUUUUGAUCUAAUAAACCUGACGCGAAUUUUGUAUAUUUUACGACAGAUUGACGUGUUUCAUUUCCAAGAGAGUCAUACUCGUACGAUAAGUAAAUGAUAGUUACCUUUUCCCGUACAGUGUGAGACUACAUUCGCUGGUAGAUAUAUGUACCUUGGAUUUCGUAUCGGAUGAAUAUUAAUAAGAGUAUAAGGUUGUGCUAAAUAAUUUUGUAAAAUAUGUAACUGUUAUUUAUAGAUAUAACCACGGUGUAAUAUAAACUCUAUGAAAUAUAUAAGUAUACUAACGA